UCACCCACGAUGUUCACAAGACGCGCAAUCCCUUCAGCUUUCCGAGCGGCAACCCGCGCAAGCACAGCUCGCCCCAUCCCCUCGGCACGAUUCCUCACACCAUUCCAAGCACGAUUACUUUCUGAUGAAGUCCGUUCCGCGAUUGACAGGGCUGUCGCAUCAUCGCCCGUUGUUUUGUUCAUGAAGGGUACACCAGAGACACCACAAUGCGGCUUCUCGAGAGCUAGCAUACAGAUCUUGGGUAUGCAGGGGGUUGAUCCAGAGAAGUUUACUGCCUUCAACGUGUUAGAGGAUCAGGAUCUUAGGCAAGGUAUCAAAGAAUACUCUGAAUGGCCGACUAUACCACAACUAUACGUUGACAAGGAGUUUGUCGGUGGCUGCGACAUCCUCAUGUCUAUGCACCAAGACGGAUCGCUUGCGAAGAUGCUGGAGGAGAAAGGUGUAGUCGUUCCCGCGGACGGACAGGCACCAUAAGCAAUACA